ACCUGCAGUCCCAUGACUCAGCUGUCGGAGCGUCUCUUGUCCACCCUGCUGGUCUGGAGGAAGCUGAGUGGACCGAACCAGCUGAUGUCCUGGCAGCAGUUUGUGAGUGAGGUCCAGGACCAGAUCAACCCCCUGGUGAGCCAGGACCACCUGCGGACCCUGGCUCUGCAGCUGCACAGCAUGGGGGAGAUCAACCUGGUCCAGAGUGAGACGGUCCAGGACGUGGUCCUGCUGGAGCCCCGCUGGCUCUGCACCACCAUCCUGGGGAAGCUUCUGUCCGUGGAGACCCCCAAGGCCAUCCACCACUACAGGGGGCGCUACAGGCUGGAGGAGGUCCAGGCUCUGGCUCCGGACAGCGACGUGGAGGAGCUGCUGCAGAUCCUGGACGCCAUGGACGUGUGCGCCCGCGACGCCACCAACCCGUCCAUGGUGGACGUCCCCGCCCUCAUCAAGACCAACGGUCUGCACCGAUCCUGGACCCAGGACGAGGACGAGGAGUCUCUGGUGUACGGGGGGGUCCGGGUGGUCCCUGCGGAGCACCUGACCCCAUUCCCCUGUGGUCUGUUCCACAAGCUGCAGGUGAACCUGUGCCGCUGGAGCCACCAGCAGAGACCAGAGGACAGCCAGGAGGACAGCGACGGAGACAUCCACCUGUGGACCAACGGAGCCAAAGUGAGCCGGGCCGGAGCCGAGGCCAUGGUCCUGCUGGUGAACCAGGGCCAGGGUGUGGAGGUCCAGGUGCGUGGUGUGAACACGGAGCGGGCCAAGUGCUACUCCCUGCUGGACACCAUGUGCAGCAUCACAGAGAGCCUGCUGGGCUCCACGCUGCCAGGCCUGCUGACCACCCGCUACUACCUGAGCCCCCAGCAGCUGCGGGAGCACCACGCCCCCGUCAUGGUCUACCAGCCCAAAGACUUCUUCAGAGCCCAGGUCCAGAGGGACGGCUGUCUCACCAACACCAUGGGGGGCUACCGCGAGAGCUUCAGCAGCAUCCUGGUCUUCGGCUGCGUGGAGGUCUACCAGCAGGGGGCGGUGGGCCGGGACCUGCACGUGUCCGACAUGCCCCUGCUGGUCCGCAGGAAGCUGUGCCGCCUGCUGGACCCGCCCGACGCCAUGGGCAAGGACUGGUGCCUGCUGGCCAUGAACCUGGGCCUCACCCACCUGGUGGCCAAGCACAGCGCCGGCACUCCCAACGGGACCCCGGACCCGGACCCGGACCCCCGGCGCGCCGAGCGGCAGCCCAGCCCCACGGCGGCGCUGCUGCAGGAGUGGAGCGGCCGGCCCGACAGCACCGUGGGGGUCCUCGUGUCCAAACUGAGGGAGCUGGGCCGCAGAGAUGCCGCCGACUUCAUCCUCAAGGCCUCGCCCGUCUUCAAGGUCAACAUGGAGGCUGUGGGCGGGGCCUCUGGCAGCCACGCCCACACCUGCAACGGAGGCACGUCCUACAACUCCAUCAGCUCCGUCAUCUCCCGCUGAGGCUGGACCGGACCGGACUGGACUGGACCGGACCAGGAAGUGCAAUCAGAGGCCAACUUUAGAACUCCUGGAUGCUGUUCUCAGAACCAGAACCAGGUCUGGACCACGCCCCCCUCUUUUGUGUCUGUGCUUCGUCAUGUUUCCUGCUCUGCUGCUGGCUCACCACUCAAACAACAAACAAACAAAAAUAAACAAAAACAAACAUCCUCACCUGAACAAGUGGGCGGGGCUUUAAAAACAUGGCAGCCUGUUAGGUUUCUGUAGACGGCUGCUUCCUCUCUGUUCCAUUCUCCUCCUCACACCUGUUGUUUGUUUGUUUGUUGUUUGUUUGUUUGUUUGUUUGUUUGUUUGUUGUUUGUUUGUUGACUUCUUGUGCCUUUGUGGCCUUCUACCUCCCUAAAGCACAAAGCGUCUUCAUCAGGUCAGAGCGGUGCCUUCAUGCUUCAGACAACAAACACGAAUCAGCUGAUUUGUUUUACAACAUUUUAAAAACUAAAAUAAAACAAUUUUAUUCUUUCAAACAGAAAAAACUGAUUUAGUUAAUUUUACUUUGAAAGAUUUAAUAUUUCAGAGAGAAAAUGAGACGUGAAAUCAGUUCUUAUUGAUCUGUUCUGGUGACAGAGCUGAUCCUCCUGUAAGCUUCAGGUCCGGACAGAACCAAAGGUUCUGGCUGCAGUUACUGAUCUCUGCCACCAGGUGUCACCAGGUGUCACCAGCUGUCACCAGGUGUCACCAGGUGUCACCAGGUGUCAACAGGUGCCACUAGAUGCCACUAGGUGUCACUGGGUGUCACUAGGUGUCACCGGGUGUCACUAGGUGUCACCAGGUGCCAAUAGGUGUCACCAGGUGCCACUAGGUGNUAGGUGUCACCAGGUGCCACUAGGUGCCACUAGGUGUCACCGGGUGUCACUAGGUGUCACCAGGUGCAAAUAGGUGUCACCAGGUGCCACCAGGUGUCACUAGGUGCCACUAGGUUUCACUAGGUGCCACUAGGUGUUAUCAGGUGCCACUAGGUGUCACUAGGUGUCACUAGGUGCCACUAGGUGUUAUCAGGUGUCACUAGGUGCCACCAGGUGCCACUAGGU